AUUCCACCACCCACUCUCGUCACACCUCAACUUCUCUUUCUUCCGCCUUCACCUGGGACUUUCGUGCCCCCUUCCCCUCCCCCAUCAUUUAGUCACUGCGCACUUGACCUUGCGGAUCACUGCCAAACCUAUCUGGCCCAUCUGGCUCUCGUUGUUCCUUUCUACUAUCUCAAUAGCUCCCUCCCGAGACAUCGCCAGUACCCCGCCGCAAUGUCGACCUCUGCCCGCCGUCGUCUUAUGCGCGACUUCAAGCGUAUGCAAACUGACCCCCCUGCUGGAGUUUCUGCAUCCCCCGUGGCAGACAAUGUCAUGACCUGGAACGCCGUCAUCAUCGGCCCUGCCGAUACUCCCUUUGAAGACGGCACUUUCCGCCUUGUCAUGCACUUUGAGGAGCAGUACCCAAACAAGCCUCCGGGCGUCAAGUUCAUCAGUCAGAUGUUCCACCCGAACGUCUACGGUACGGGCGAGCUCUGCCUGGACAUCUUGCAGAACCGUUGGAGCCCAACCUAUGACGUGGCAGCCAUCCUGACCAGUAUUCAGAGUUUGUUGAACGAUCCCAACACAUCAUCUCCGGCGAAUGUAGAAGCGUCAAACCUUUACAAAGACAACCGAAAGGAGUACAUCAAGCGCGUGCGCGAGACUGUUGAGAAGAGCUGGGAAGACUAGGAUAGUAUCAGCGUAGAGAUGCUGCGGGUUAUUGUUAUGGGUUUUGGGUCGCUUUGGGGCACAUGUUUAUGAUGAAGCAGACUUGUCGGUCUUCGGUGUGACGGAAGCUAACGGCAAGCUGCUGUGAUCCGUUUCAUGCGUUUGUGGGGGGACUCCUACCUUUUGGCAUGAUGGGAGUCCUAACACCAUUUGAUGACGUGCACAGCGUGGGGUUUUGGCGCCUGGUACAUUUAAUAUUUCAUUCGGUAUUGUGGAUAGCUGCAUCAUAUUUUCAGUGUGUUUUUGCAUAAUGCAUUAACUCUGUCGGGCUCUUGUUUUACCUUCGCUGCAUGUCACAUAACUCUUAUCUCCUCACUGCGUUGGCUUUUUCUUGUCCCAGGCCAGUUAGUUUUCAACCCG